AUGGCUAACGGUUGGAGUCUAAUCAUCGGCUUGGUUGUCGUCGUUGCCAUGUGUCUGGCUGCCUGGUUCUUCAGCCCCAAGGGCGAUAACCUGACUGUCUGGCGCAGCACCCUUAUCCUCUCUUUUAUUUCUUGCUACUUGAUGUGGGCCAUCAUUUUCAUGUCACAGCUGCAUCCCCUUAUCGCACCAAAGAGAUCCGAUAUCCGUCCUGGACGGGUACCUAAUUAA